UAAGCGUAGAUAGAGAGAGAAGCAAAAGCACAAGAUUGCUGACGCUACAAAGCUAAGCUCUACGGAGAAGCCUUAAACUUUUCUUUCUCUGAAAUAGGUGAGGAAAUAUCACCCAUUUUUGUGCUUUUCGAGGCCAAUUCGUUGGGCACUUUUCUCGUUUGAAUUUGCAGGUUUAAAAAAUGAGCACACUAGAUGCAACUAGAGCUGAGCUUGCUCUUCUAGUUUUGUAUUUGAAUAAGGCUGAAGCCAGAGACAAGAUAUGCAGGGCUAUACAGUAUGGUUCCAAAUUCUUAAGUAAUGGACAAUCUGGUACUGCCCAAAAUGUUGACAAGAACACCAGCUUAGCCCGGAAAGUUUUCCGUCUUUUUAAGUUUGUGAAUGACUUGCAUGGUCUUCUUAGCCCAGUUCCCCAAGGAACUCCCCUUCCUCUAGUUUUGCUGGGGAAGUCAAAAAAUGCAUUAUUGUCAACUUUCUUGUUCCUGGAUCAAAUUGUUUGGCUUGGCAGAUCAGGCAUCUACAAGAACAAAGAACGUGCUGAGUUGAUAGGCCGGAUAUCUCUUUAUUGUUGGAUGGGUUCCUCAGUUUGUACCACCUUGGUUGAGAUUGGGGAGCUGGGUAGGAUUUCUGCAUCUAUGAAAAAAUUAGAGAAGGAUCUUAAGGACAGUGAUAAGUAUAAAAACGAGCAGUACCGGGCUAAACUUCAAAAAUCAAAUGAUAGGUCCCUUGCCCUUGUCAAAGCAGCUAUGGACAUUGUGGUGGCUGUUGGACUGCUUCAAUUGGCACCCAAAAAAGUUACUCCUCGUGUAACUGGAGCCUUUGGAUUUGUUACCUCUCUUAUCUCUUGUUACCAGUUACUUCCAGCUCCAGCAAAAGCCAAGGCACACUGAAACAGCAGCCUGUUCUUCUCAACAAAGCUUGGAUGUCAUUUAAAUAAUUGUUCCUACUUGUUAGAUAAAUGAAAUGUUUGGUGUAAGCUUUUGAGCAAUUUGACACCUUGUAGGGUGACAUUAAAUUCUACAUUUAGCAACUUUGUUGUCACACCUAUACAUUGUCUUCUUAUAGUGGUAAUAAUAAAUGUUGUUUUCUCAUU